UCCUCCUCGCCUCGCCCGCUCUCGGACAGCGUUUCCGUUUCUGCGCGUUUAGGGUCUGAAGUUGUGCAUCAAGUUACUUGUAUGUUUUGCUGAUGAGGUCCGUUCUCGACCCGGUUCCUACACAAGUACAGAGACAUGAGCGCAGCAAACGGCGAGCCGGCUGUCGUGUCCCACAGCAAGACGGUCCCGGCAGACAUGUCGACCGACACGCUGGACGUGGACGAAGAUGACGAUCUGGAAGUUUUCAGCAAGAAUACGUCCCUGGCAGAUGCCAGUCCACUGCUGUCCCCCAUGCCGAACUCUCCUGGCUCCAUGGUCAACCAGUAUAGGUUCGACCAGGAAGGGGAGGAGGAGGAGGAGGAGGAGGAGCCAGGACCAGCUACAAACAACAUCUUCAUCACAGUUGACAACCCUGAGAGCCACGUCACUGCCAUUGAGACCUUCAUCAUGUAUAGAGUGGUCACCAGGACCACCAGUAGUGAUUUUGACUCCAGUGAGUAUGAAGUACACAGACGCUAUCAGGACUUCCUGUGGCUCAAGGGCAAACUGGAGGAAGCUCACCCAACCCUCAUUCUUCAUCCGCUGCCGGAGAAGUUUGUGAUGAAAGGCAUGGUGGAGCGUUUUAAUGUGGACUUCAUUGAAGCGAGGAGGAAAGCCCUCCACCAUUUCCUCAACAAGAUAUCGGAGCACCCCAUCCUGUCCUGUAACCAGCACUUUAAAGUCUUCCUCACUGCACAGGAUUUGACACCUCACAAGAAGCAGGGUCCCAGCUUCCUGAGCCGGAUGGGGGAAACAGUGCGGUCCGUGGCGAACUCUGUCCGGGGCCUGAGGAGCAGGCCUGAGCAGUUCACGGCCAUGCAGGACUACAUAGAGAACUUCAGCAACAAGAUGUCCUCGCUGGACAAAGUCACCCAGCGGAUCACCAAGGAGCAGAAAGAGUACCUGGAUGAGCUGAAGCAGUAUGGUCCCACCUACACCUUGUGGGAGGGUGCCGAGGAGGAGCUGGCGGGGCCGUUGAAGGGCGUGGCCAGCUGUGUGGAGCACUGCAGCAAGGAGACAGAGGAGCAGAUCCACCACCUCUCCGAAGUCCUCAUGCCCGCCCUGCACGAGUACGUCCUCUGUGCCGACACUGUCAAGGCUGUGUUGAGAAGGCGAGACAACAUCCAGGCUGAGUUUGAAGCCAAGACCGAGGCAGUGGCCUCUAAGAAAGGUGACCAGGAAGCGCUAAAGGAGGAAAUGGAUGGUCUUGAGGACCGCAUGGAGUGGUCCAACAACGCUCUGAAGGGAGACUGGCCACGCUGGCAGAAGAGCAUGAGGACUGACCUCAAAUCAGCUUUAAUGUCCACCGCAGAGCAGAAUGUGAAGUACUAUGAAAAGUGUUUGGCUGUGUGGGAGUCCUUCCUCCUCUCCCAGAGGACCGAGCCCAGCAAGGAAGGAGAACAAGAGAGCGUCCCAUAACAUCUGAAACAUCCACCACGACUUGCCCCGGCACCUUCUUCAGAAACCAUGAAGAAGACCCCGCACAUACCCACACAAAACCUAGUCCCCGUCGCUUUCCUGCUAAAGCUUCCAACACAUCGCUCACGUUCAGGUGAAACACAAACCCACAAGCAUCUCAGCACCUUCCUCCACCCGCUGAUAACCUGCAGGCUCCGGCAAAGCCCUCAACAUCACGACACUCUGUGCCCGACACACACACACACACACACACACACACACACACACACAUGCAGUGUUACCACCAUUCUCCCAGGUCAUAAGCCAGAGGACCUCUCCUGACUGCCAUCUAGAGGUUAGUCCCAGGUUCAACAUUUGCCAGUGAUGACCGUGAGUCUUACAAACAGGCUGAGCAAGUAAUGUCUGUGAUUAUCCAUGUUCACAUGCAUGGCCAGCCACUAAAGCCAAGGAUCAGAACGGCAAUAAUCAGAUGCAACACCAUCACUUACCCACCGAGCUGUAAGGUGUGGCAGGUGAAGUCUUUCUAGGAGCUUGUUCAAACACUCUGGGCAGUUGUUUGUGUCUGCCUGUUGUCAGUAGGUCUGUGUACAGUAGAUCUGUGUACAGCAUCAUCAGGUGUCUCCAGCAAAGCCUAUGCAUCAGGCGAGAUCAGAUGAGUGCAGCAUUUAAAGGUACCCCCCCCCCCGUGAAGCCGUGCACAGUCCAACACCUGUUGAGCUUCUUACUUGUUUACCUGUUUCAAGAUCAUUAACUUUGAUUUCUACAUAACACAAGUUUGAGAAAUGUUUUAUACCGUUAAACAUUUUUGCUUUUUUUGUUGCUUUUAUCGUUACUGGAUGUGUAUAUAAUUGUGAUUUAAUUUGAAUGGCUGGGUGCAGGCAUAAUAAUUAAAGAAAUGUGGUACAUCUAA